AAAAUAAAACGAAGACCAUUUAGUCAAUUACGAUUAUACCCUUGUCUGUUAUCCAAAUCAAACAAUGAAGUCAAGGGUGAUAACGGUAUUGUGUUUUCUGUUAAUUUGGGUGGUGGUAUCUCCGUCGUCGGCUUCCGAUGAUCGUCGGGGAAAAUGGUGGAAGUGGUCGUCUUCAGGGAAUUCAAUAUGUUCAUCUGUUGUACUUCCUUUAUAUGGCAACGUUUAUCCUAAAGGGUAUUAUUAUGCUCAGAUAAACGUAGGACAUCCUCCGAGGCCUUAUUUUCUUGAUCCUGAUACAGGCAGUGACUUGACUUGGCUUCAAUGUGAUGCUCCCUGCGUACAUUGCACUCAGGCCCCUCAUCCUUAUUACAGACCAAAUAACGAUCUAGUACCUUGUAAAGAUCCGCUUUGUGCAUCACUGCACUCUGGAGAUCAUAGAUGUGAUGACCCGGAUCAAUGUGAUUAUGAGGUUGAGUAUGCUGAUGGUGGUUCAUCUCUUGGUGUCUUGGUCAACGAUAUCGCCUUUCUCAAUCUUACCACUGGAGUUCGAAUCACUCCUCGUCUCGCCAUUGGGUGUGGAUAUGAUCAGAUUCCUGGUCCAUCUUAUCAACCUCUUGAUGGAGUUCUAGGUCUUGGGAAGGGCAAAACCGGCAUUGUUUCACAGCUGCACAGUCAGGGUCUAAUCCGAAAUGUUGUUGGCCACUGUUUCAGCAGCCGUGGAGGCGGGUUUCUCUUCUUUGGAGACGACAUCAUUGAUCCUGCACGUGUUGUAUCUAUCCCAAUGUCACGUGACUACAGGAAGCAUUACUCACCUGGGUAUGGAGAAAUCAUUUACGGUGGAAAGGCAACUGGGCUGAAGAAUCUGCUUGUAAUAUUUGACAGUGGAAGCUCAUAUACAUACCUAAGUUCCCGAGCUUAUGAAGGCUUACUUUAUCUAGUAACAAAGGAAUUGAGAGGGACACCUAUACAAGAGGCAUUGGACGAUAAAACUCUGCCCUUUUGCUGGAAAGGAAGAAAACCGUUCAGAAGUAUGAGGGAUGUAAAGAAGUACUUCAAGCCUUUGGCAUUGAGCUUUUCUAGUGGUUGGAGGUCUAAAACGCAGUUUGAAAUUCCUCUUGAAGGAUACCUUCUGAUCUCAUCCAAAGGGAGUGUAUGCUUGGGAGUUCUAAAUGGCACCGAAGUUGGACUUCAGAAUUUUAACAUAAUUGGAGAUAUAACGAUGCAAGAUAAAAUGGUGAUAUAUGACAAUGAAAAACAAACCAUAGGAUGGACUCCAGCAAACUGUGACCGUCCACCGAGGUCCAACACCAUUAGCAUUUGAUGACAUUCUAUUAAUAAAUCAUUAAAUAUACCAGAUGUAAGGAAAUACCCAGAAAGAUACAUAGUCUGUAUAGGUCUACAAGACUAACAGGAUCCAGUUCAUGAGUGCAAUUAAAACAUGUAAAUUUUUUAAUACAAA